UAGCGUUGUGGAUUAGUGGAUAAUACCAGAUAACUACAGUCUUGGUUUCCUUAUUAAUAGAAGAUAUAUACUACUGCAGAACGAAAGAUUUGAAAGUAAUGCCCUCAAUCCCUUUCUUCCCCCUCCUCCCCUGGAAAAAAGAGCAAAGGUUUACAUCAUACUGUUGUUGAAACAUCAGCGUGUUUGCAUUGGAUCAAGUCGGAUCCAAAAAAAAAUAUAUCAACCAUAAAAAAAAAUUUUGGCAGCAGCAAGCAACUGUCAAAUUGACAUGCAAAGCUCUUCUAUAUUCAACAGGUCACUAGUCCAUGCCCACGAACAAACCCUUUCAAAACGAAAACGGCAUGACCCUAAAUCCUCGAUUUACAAAACUCGUAAAUGGCGAUCCAAUCGACCCAUUCUCACUACGAAUCAAAUGCACGAGCUGGGCAAACUCCUAGGGCUCAAGACGCUUCAACGAUCUAUAGAUCUAUUCAUGAAUCCGGCCAACAUGUUCCAACUAAACAAAGUUAAAUUGGGACUAAUCCACCAGUUUCUCCUGGAUCGCGGGUUGGAAAAGAGACGAGUCGCGGUGACCAAAUUAAACCAAUACCCAAUCGCACUGCGUCUUUUUGCCAUUUUGUACCCGGGAUUUCCAGUAUGGCGAGCUAAAGAACAAGCACUGAAAUUACAACGUGAAAGUGCAAACGAAAAAAGGAAAGCCCGGCCCGGACUCGCAUAUGAUCAAUUACCCACAUGUGACAUUUUCGAACGUUUAGAAGAGUUGGUGCGCAUGGACGUAAAACCUAUACCAUACGUGCUCGGCAAUGAUGAUAAUUAUAACAAUGAGGACAACCCAUAUGUGCAAAAACAGACGAUCGCCAUACCUACAAAGGGGUUGUUGGAUUUUGCCCAGGCACAUGUUCGUACCAAAAAGAAGGAUACCAGAGAUGUCCGAUUACACCUGUAUCUAUGGUUAUCCCAUUGGCGAACCUGGGAACCACGGCUCUCAGAGUUAACUAUCGAUAGCAAGAAUAACCAAUGGGCAGACGUCGACCGGAAACCCGUUGAAAAGCAUGGCUUUAGACACAUUGAUAUCACCGACAAGGUGGAUUGGCGAGAUGUCCUUGACAAUCGUAGUGGAAACGGCGGCAAAAUUGUAUUAGAAUUCGAUUGCAAUGAUGAUAUCAAGGAAUUAUCCAUUUGCACAGUAUGGCAAAAAUCCCCUACAGAGCUUGCUAGCCAAGUCUAUGUGCAAACCGCCGGAAUGUAUAUUGGGCGCCUCGUCGAAAGAGCCCAAAGUCGAACCGAAGUCGCAAUGAUUCAGAAACAAGCCUUCAACUUUCUGUCAGAAAAGGAUGAUCGGCGGACAAACGUUCAUUGUUCACGUGCCUUGUUAAACAAAUGCAUGGAUACCUUUAAAGCAAGUGGGAGCGCUGCUGGUGUUGGCGGUCAUGGUAUGGUAGAAGGCGACGACGAUGACGACGAUCUAGUGAUGUGCGAUCAGACUAUUUCACUGCUGGAUCCACUGCUUCUUAAACAAAUCGAAUACCCUUCUCGUGGAAUAUACUGCUCGCACGUAGCAUGUUUUGAUGCAGCGUGUUUAUUUCAGUGCCUCGGUUUUGAACGAAGUUGGCAUUGUCCACUUUGUGCUGUCCAAUACAAGUCGAUCCAAGAUUUAUAUAUCGAUCACGAGCUGGAUCAAGCAAUUCACGCAUAUCCUUCUGAAAGCAAACUGAUUUUACGCGACGGGCAGCUUUACCCUCCACCCGAGGAACUACGUGCGGAGAAAAAGGUCAAAGUAGAACAUAUCGAUGAGGAUGAGGAAGACAAUGACAACGAAGGUGAUGAAACUUGAUGAUAGAAAGGGUUGUUGUCGAAAACGAAUCUUUUUCUUUUUUCAAGGGAUGAAGUGCUUAUCCGAAUUUGUAAAUAUAACCUUGUUUUCCUUGGACGUUCUUGUAUCCAUAUGUUACACGCAGUAGAGUGAUCAUGUCUG